AAAGCAGCAGCAGCAGCCUGGCGCUCCCGUCUCUUUUCUCUGGCCUCUGUUCCUUUAAUAAACUCAUGGUUAUCUAGUGUAACAAAUGUCUCGCUGCCAUCAUCAAGUCCAGGCGAGGAGGGAGGAGUUUUUAAUGUUCAGUUUGUUCUAUGGAUCGAUGUCUGCUGGCAUCGCCUCUCCCCCUUCUCGCCUGCACCGUGCGUAAUAUACCGUACCAUUACCGAUCCGGAGGCUCUCGGGGUUUUUUGUUGUUUUCUUUUUUUUCUUCUUCUUCUUCUUCUUCUUCUUCUUUUUCUGGGGUUUUCUUCUACGCGCGGUCGCUUCCACGAGCUGUGAUCCCGCAGAAGAGAGAGACGCGCCCGCGGGACGGACUGAGUGACACGCGUCGAUCAACAUAUGUGGCGCUGAUGGACAAAAACGGAUGGUGAAGGGAGACGAUCCGCACUCCGGAGGAGGAAGAGGAAGAGGAAGGUGAACGAGCGAGCGAGCGAGCGAGCGAGCGGCGUUCUAUCAUCCCGUUUCUCCCCGUUAAAGAGAGAAAAGAAAAGAGAAAAAGCUGGAUUCUGUUUGGCGUUAGUGAGAGAGACUGAAGUAAGAGAAGAGCCAAAAUAAAGACUCUCUCUCUCUCUCUCUCUCGCUCUCUCUGUGUCUCUGUGCAUGGACUAUCGCAGACCGCAUUCAGAUUCCACCUGGGCUCAGGACUGAACUGCGACUCCCUCAGAAAAAAAAAAAAGAAAAAAGAGAGAGAAAGAGAAAAGAAAAAAAUGCCACGGAGGAAACAGCAGGCACCCAAACGGGCUGCGGUUUACAUGCCGGAUGAAGACAAUGCUCUUCAGGACUCCAUCGCCGAAGAAGACGGAGAGAACGACACUCAGACGGAGGAGGAGUGCUCAGAGAAGACCAGCCCCAAAGUGUCUGAGGACAGAGAGCUAGACAACAAGAGCACUAACACUUAUAGUAACCAGAACUCUCCCAUCAGUGUGUUUUCCAAUCAAGAGGCCGAGUUAGAGUCACGGCUUAGCGACAGCAGCGACAGACUCUCAGACUUCAAAACUUCGUCACCACCCGAGAGCCAGCGGGAUGAAGAAAGUCGCGGCUCCAAACACAAGGAGGAGACGGGCGGCAGCUUGGAGAAAAUGCGGGCGGCCUAUGCAAACUUUCUCUCCGACUCCUACUGGACGGGGAUAGGAAUGGACCUGAAAGUGGGCAAAAACACCAGCAAAGCCAACUGUGACAGCACCAAUGGAAGCACCAAGAGCGAGUUUGACUGGCACCAGGAUGCGCUCUCCAAGACCCUGCAGCAGACUCUCUCCCCAAAGCCUGCUUCCAAGCCCAACCUCUUCAGCUCCGUCCACCUGUACAGGCAAACCACCAAACCCUGCGGCUCGGUGUUCACGGGGGCCAGCCGAUUCCGCUGUAAGGACUGCAGUGCUGCUUACGACACGCUUGUGGAGCUGACGGUCCACAUGAACAAGAGCGGACACUACCAAGACAACAACCACAGCAAACAGAGCAACUCCUCGGCUUCUUCCUCAAAAUCCAGAAAACGAAACCUGCAAGACAUGGAAGGGAAGGAGGAUGCGCAAAAAGUUUUGAAAUGUAUGUUCUGUGGCCAUUCGUUCGAUUCACUCCAAGAUUUGAGUGUCCACAUGAUUAAGACUAAGCAUUACCAAAAAGUGCCUUUGAAAGAGCCAAUCCCAGUGAUCACACCUAAAUUAUUGCCACCAGCAAAGAAACGGGCCUUCGAAACGACGAGGCCCUGCUCGCCUGAUUCGACCACCGGUGUGUCCGGAUACACAGAGGCCCAGCGGGCCGCCUCCAUCUCGAACGCCAACAAUAAUCGCUACGGCUAUCAGAACGGAGCCAGUUACACCUGGCAGUUUGAGACGUGCAAGUCUCAGAUUCUCAAAUGCAUGGAGUGUGGCAGCUCCCACGACACCCUGCAGCAGCUCACAACGCAUAUGAUGGUCACUGGUCACUUCAUAAAAGUGACUAACUCUGCCUCUAAAAAGGGUAAGCAGCUCGCGCUUGACCCGCUGGCCAUAGAGAAGAUCCAGGGUUUAGCCGACCCGGCCGCCAGUGACACUGAAGCGGAAAAAGUGUCUCCAAAAAAUCCUUCCCCUGGGUGCAGUGACAAGGAUAGCCAGGGGGAAGGCACAUCAGACAAAAUGGAAGAAACUGAAACUAAUGAUGACAAGCAAGAGGGCGAGGAUCAAAAGGCAAGCAAUGGGGCUUUUAAGUACCCUUAUCUCCGCGAGGAGGAUCUUGAACAGGACUCAGGUGGAGGAGGGGACAUUCUUAAAUCUUUAGCCAAUACUGUGGCCUCUGCCAUCAAUAAAGCUCAAACAGGGACGCCGAGCUGGAGUGCCUACCCGAGCAUUCACGCUGCCUAUCAGCUUUCUGGCAUCAUCAAAAGUGCCCCUCUCUCCGCAUCUCCCCCCGCUCAGCUAAAGCAGACGUUUAACCACAAGCUGAGACCGAUAGCCCCAAAGGGGAAGUUAUACCAGAGUGCUGUGGGAGCCGAGGCUCCCCAGGGACAGCAUCAAAAUGUGGACAUCAAAAAAGAAAAGGUUGGCAUUAGCGAUGGUAAAGAAAGUCAGAAUAUGAAGUUUGAUCUGGUGGAGAAUGAUGACAGCGAUUGUCAGGACGAUUCCUCUUCCUCUUCAAAGCUGGAUGCAGACUGUUUGAAUGAAGGGAGUGAAGCGAUCAAAGAGAAGUUGAGCCCAGAUUUCUCUGACAGAGGCAAGACACCGAGCCCCACUGCCAGCAAUGGACGCAGCGCUGCUUCAGAGCCUCUCAGUGACACUCCGGAUAUACUUGGCAUAAACCCUCUUAGUGCGCUGCAGUCAGUUCUGAACAAUCAUCUGGGCAAAGCAAAUAAGCCCAACAACUCAAGAGUAGAUAAACUAUCUGCUCACAAGCAGUCUAUUUUUGCUGACAUCAACCAUAGCAGCGAGAAGCCGGCUGUAUUGCUGGGCAGUCCAGUUAGAAAUAGGCCGAAUAGCAAUUUUCUCUUUGUUAACGAGGACCAGCCGAUUGACCUGACGAAAUCCAAACACAGCAAGUCAAGCCCCUUGCUGGUACAGCCCUCCACGCCGAUGCCACAGAAAUAUGCCCUUUCUGACAUCGCCGAUAUGGUUAAAGUUCUUCCAAAAGCCACCACACCAAAACCCUCCAUCCCAUCAAGGAUUCCGACGAUGAAACUGGAAUCAGACGUCCGACGGUUUGAGGAUGUGUCCGCCGAGGUUUACUCCGUCCACAAGCGCAAAGGCAGACAGUCCAACUGGAAUCCUCGCCACCUCCUCAUCCUGCAGGCUCAGUUUGCCUCCAGCCUCUUCCAGACCUCGGAGGGAAAGUACUUGCUUUCAGACCUCGGGCCUCAGGAACGGAUGCACAUCUCCAAGUUCACCGGACUGUCGAUGACCACCAUAAGCCAUUGGUUAGCAAAUGUAAAGUACCAGCUGCGGAAAACAGGAGGGACCAAAUUUCUGAAGAAUAUGGACACGGGCCACCCAGUCUUCUACUGCAAUGACUGUGCUUCCCAGUUUAGGUCGCCGACAACGUUCAUUUCCCAUCUGGAGUCCCAUCUCGGGUUCCAAAUCAAAGACAUGUGCAAAAUGCCGGUAGAGCACCAGACGAAGGUAGAGGAGCCAGAACUGUCGAAGGCCCUCAGUCUCAGAGCCACAGAGCCUCUAGUCGUGGAGGAGGACAUGGACUCCAAGUUCAAAUGUAAGCUCUGCUGUCGGACAUUUGCAAGUAAUCACGCAGUCAAACUCCAUUUGAGCAAAACACACAGCAAAUCCCCCGACAACCAUUCACAAUAUGUGGAAAUGGACAAGGAGUAGUUUUUUUUUCUUAUUAUUAUUGUCACUUUCCCCCCUUUUUCUUCCUUUUUUUUUUCUUUUUGAUACACGGGUCAAAUAUUUCAACCAUUUUUCAAUUAGCAUUGUGUAGUGUGCAUCAUUAUGACAUUUAAAAAAAAAAUCAUGGAGUACAGCAAAGACACACUGGUUAGAAAUUGUGUAAGGAAACACUAAGAGAUACUUUUGCACCCUGCUCAAAUGCAUCACCAGUAAUGAAACGUAUUACUGCUUGAAAACAACAUUAUUGCUGAUGUUUGCAUGCAAUAGCCCCGGCUAUGACUACUAUUUAUUUGUAUGAUAUGUCAAGUUUCAAUUGUAUUUCAAAGGGAAAAUAAUGAACUGACUGUACUUUACAACCUCUGUGAUACAGUGCACCUGCACGAGUGUGCAGCUGUGUGAGACAGGUAGCCCAAAACACCAUAACACACAUGCAGACCACCUGUACAGUGUAUUGCAAUGUAAAAAAUAAAAAAAAAAUGUUUUGUGUCGCAAUGAUAGAAGAGGAAAAAAAAGCACUUUAAUAAAUGUUUAAUCACCAGUUUAGACUUGGAUUCUGUACAUGUCUCAAAAAUAAUUAGACAGUUUGGAGACGAGGAGAUUUCACAUGUAAAUAUAUUUUAGACGAAGAAAAAAAA